UGCGGGAGGUGGGGCUGUGCGUCACGCUUGUGCGUCACGCUUGUGCGUCGGUCGCCGCCUCUGCGUCUCGGGCGCGCGGGGCCGCGUGCAGAGCUGCCGCCGCUGCCCUCCCCCACCAUGGCAGCAGGUCGCCCGGUGCCGAGCCCCGGCGGGGCGACGAUCACUCCCGAGCGGCCCUGAGGCCUCCUGGCCCCGCCGGACCCGUGGUUUGCCCCAGCGACUGCGGGGCGGGUAGCCCAAGCCCAGGAUGCGUGGGUUGUGUGCCAGCGUUUUGAAGGCCUUUGUGGUGUCUGUAGGUCAAUGGGCUGAAGUCCUCAGGAAGCGCUGGCUGUGCAUGCCGGGAGAUGGAGGACGUGAGAGUCCCUGAGGUACAGACCUGUCGCCAGGGAACACGGUGUCCAAAAGGAUCGCCAAAAGGAGCAGGCAGCUUCUGCAACUGAACUGAAGGGGAGGGGAACUAAGGCAUACUGCAGUAUGAAGCACGGUGUAAUGGAUUCAGAAGGUUCUGCCCUGAGGAAUUCAAAGGAGUAUCUAAGGAAUGACGUAAUGGCUACCUCUGGUAAACAUUAUCUCUGUGGCUACUGUGCGGCCUUCACAAACAUAGCAGUCACUUUUCCCAUCCAGAAAGUCCUCUUUCGACAACAGCUGUAUGGUUUGAAAACAAAGGACGCAGUGCAUCAGCUGCAGAAGGACGGCAUUCGCAAUCUCUAUCGCGGCAUCCUUCCUCCAUUAAUGCAGAAAACAACCACACUGGCUCUGAUGUUUGGCUUGUAUGAAGAUUUCUCCUCCCUGCUCCUUAGGCAUGUGAGUGCUCCAGAACUCCUGACUCGCAGCAUGGCAGCAGUGCUUGCAGGGACCACAGAAGCUGUUCUGACACCCUUUGAGCGCGUUCAGACUUUGCUUCAGGACUACAAACACCAUGAUAAAUUUACAAACACUUACCAGGCAUUCAAGGUACUGAAAGCCUAUGGGGUAAGAGAAUAUUAUCGGGGAUUGGUGCCUAUUCUGCUCCGGAAUGGGCCCAGUAACGUACUCUUCUUUGGGCUGCGGGGACCUAUCAAACAGUGUCUGCCUGAGGCAACCUCUUACAGCGCUCAUCUGGUCAAUGACUUCAUCUGUGGAGGGCUGCUGGGUGCCAUGCUGGGGUUCUUGUUUUUCCCAGUGAAUGUUGUGAAGACUCGCAUGCAGGCUCAAAUUGGUGGUGGAUUUCAGUCCUUCUCUGAAGUCUUUGUGAAGAUCUGGGUGGAACGUGAUAGAAAACUGAUCCACCUUUUCAGAGGAGCCCAUCUGAAUUACCACCGUUCUCUCCUGUCUUGGGGCAUAAUCAAUGCAACAUAUGAGUUCUUGCUAAAGCUGUUGUGAAACCACUGCCUUCCGCCAGCGUUCUGUUCAUCUAGGCAUUGGCACAGGCGAUAUCGCUCAGUCCCAGGGAACAGGGCCUGCAUAUCAUGAGAGGUAAUUAGUCUUAGCCUUCAAUAUUUAUGGAGUGAAUGGUGAUGCAUCUGAACCUCAGUGCAAUUAAGAUGAACUUCUAAAAGUAUUUAUAUGCUGGCAGGUGAGUUUACCCAUAAUGGAGCUACUCGAGAAAUACAAGGUUUUUUAAAAAAAACCAAACUUACAUUAGUCCAGCGGCUUAUUCUGUAUCACUCCCAAAGUCUCAUAACGCUCCAUGGUGGAAUGUGCUCUCCUGUCCACAUUGUACAACAUGAAAAUAAAAAAAGAGCUGAUGAAAAUUGAUUCCUUUGACUGAUAAGCUUCGAAAUCUCAAUUUAAGAACUGCAUUUUCAGAUGUUUUGGGGUCGUAAGUACUCCUUAUUGUCUAAAGCUAAAAGGACUGAUGCAGAUGAGGAUGACUGAAGUUUAGAACUUCAAGCUUACAGUAAGCCUGCACAAACUCUUCUGCCAGCUAUUCUCAUGCUCGGCUUUAAGGUGAACGUUUCAUUCAGCAGUGUAAGAGCGGUUACUGAAUGUUUCACUUCGGUCUAAGUGGACUCCAAUUCUAAGUGGGAAUCUGUGUGUGUAUACGUGUGUGUGUGCCUUCAUGGGAAAAGGGAAGAGUGGAAGGAAUUAAACUGUAAAUGUACUAGAGCUUUAAAGUGUCCUUCCUUGUUGAAAAAACCUUCUACUUGUAAACAUGGAAUUUGGCCUGCCUUUUUUUCUGUGUGCAUUGUGUAUUUUUCUGUUGCAUACAGCUGUGGGGCCAGAAAGAAGACGGCCCUUUCCGUAAUGAUAACGGCUUCACGCUAUUAUGAAGUAGUUCACAAACACAUCUUUUUCACACUGAGGUAUCUUGUCUUCUGCAAAUUAGUUCUUUUCUGUUUGUGCUGUGGAAUAAUGGAUCACAAGGAGACAAGGAGAUAUUUUUUACCUGAAACUUGGAGUUCUGCCAACUUGAUGUGUACUCUUGACAGCUCUGUCAAACAGAACUGUACAGCAGCACAGACACAAUGCGUCUCGGGGUGUUGCCGGGGGUCUGUACGCGUAGCAGAGAUGAGAGCCAAAGAUGACAGAAGCAGCUGGGUGGGAAAGACGCAGCAUUUGGAGACGUGUGCAAGGACUUCUGUGGGUGAGUAUUGAAAAAGACUUGCAGAAAUACAAAGUGUUCUGUCUUACAGACUUGGGAACUGAGAGAUGUAAGGCUUCAGGCCUUAGAGAAAGGGACAGAAGAGCAAGCAUGACCAUAAACCAGGUGAGGGUCUUAGCAGAAAGCACUUGAUUCUCCCGAGGGAGUUUAUUUUAUGAAACUACAUUAAAAAAAUAUUUUGGACGAUGAGGAGCAAAAAAAGCUUUCCAAAACUGGUCUGAGUGGGUCUUUUCACAAGUUUUUGAGUGGAUAUUACUUUUUUGAGUUUUCCAUUUGCUAAACUGCCCUCAAAUGUUGAUUCUAAUCAGUGUUAAUGAUUAUAAUCAUUAUAUAGUCCCUAGCUUCACAGUAAAAAAUUGGCCAGGCACAAGUGGGCGUUCUUAUAUCCCAAUAUUGUGAUUUUUUGCAUUUCAAUAAAAUGUUCACUCAAUGUUUGUUACUGGCAGAAUCUGAUUUUUACUGGUGUUUUGGUUUUUGUAAUCAGUCCUUGAUGGAAUAAAGAAAUUUGCAUC